GGUUUUGGGAAGUGAGCGACUAUAAUCGAAAGAUAACCACUUGAGGCAGCUGCUUAUGGAAAUUCCCCCAAUUAACUCCAACUCAGGCCUUGAUUUCUAGCGAUCGACGAGAUACAAGUCCAGAGCCGAAAAUCAUGAUAGAAGAAGAUGUUGAUAAUACCAACCAUACUGGUACGGAGGCGGCGGAAUGCGCGGCCGGGAAGCGGGAGAAGCGGCGGAAGGCAGUAAAGAAGGAGAAGAGGAAAAAUAAAAGGAAAGAAAUGGCGGAGAUGGCGCGCCGAGAGGAGGAGAUUCGCCUCAAUGAUCCCGAGGAGCAGCGGCGGCUCCAAGCAGAGGAGGAGCAGGAGAGGUUGAGAGCCGAAGAGGAAAGGAGACACUUCGUGGAGAUGGAGAGGAAGAUUCUGGAAGAAUGGGAGAAGAAGAAGGCUCUCCAGGAAAAGGAGGAGGAAGAGAGGAGGCGGAGAGUUGAGCAAGAAGAGCUGCUAUCAAAACAAAAUCAGGUCGGACAUGAGAAUGAAGUGGAUGAUGAUGGUUGGGAGUAUGUGGAAGAAGGUCCUUCUGAAAUUAUUUGGCAGGGCAAUGAGAUUAUUGUCAAGAAGAAAAAAAUCAGGGUGAAAAAGAAAGAUGACCAACAGAUUAUGAAAGAGGAUACCAACAGGCCCAUAUCAAACCCUCUUCCUCCUCAGUCAGAAGCUUUUACCGACCAUAAAACAGCUCAACAGCUUCUAGAUUCUGUAGCUCAAGAGACUCCAAACUUUGGAACAGAACAGGACAAAGCUCAUUGCCCUUUCCACCUCAAAACAGGGGCGUGUAGGUUUGGUUCACGUUGUAGCAGAAUUCACUUCUACCCUGAUAAAUCGUGCACUUUGCUAAUCAAGAGUAUGUACAAUGGUCCUGGCCUAGCUUGGGAGCAGGAUGAGGGUCUUGAGCACACAGACGAAGAGGUUGAACGUGCUUAUGAAGAGUUCUAUGAGGAUGUACAUACAGAAUUCUUGAAAUUUGGAGAGAUUAUAAAUUUCAAGGUGUGCAGAAAUGGUUCAUCUCAUUUGCGAGGAAAUGUGUAUGUUCACUAUAAGUCUUUGGAGUCUGCUGUUCUGUCUUAUCAAUCAGUAAAUGGUCGUUACUUUGCAGGAAAACAGCUUCAUUGCGAGUUUGUGGGGUUAACUAGGUGGAGAGUUGCUAUAUGUGGAGAGUUUAUGAAAUCUAAACUUAAGAACUGUUCUCGUGGAACUGCCUGCAACUUUAUUCACUGCUUUAGGAAUCCUGGUGGAGACUAUGAAUGGGCUGAUUGGGAUAAACCUCCUCCAAAAUAUUGGGUAAAAGAGAUGGCAGCUUUGUUUGGUUGUCCUGAUGAGUCAGGCCAUCACAGAAAGAUUGAGCAAGGAAGCCCAAGAUUGAUCAGCUACAGCUCUGUCCGAUCUCUGUCAAGGAAAACUGAAUCUCCUAGCUCUUCAAGAAAUUAUUCUGAUGAUGAUCUAUGGAGAAGUGACCCUCGGAGGCACCAUAGGGGUUCUGAUAGAAAACAUUCAGAAAAACUUGAUAAUGAACAUCAUGCUGAUAUAUCAAAGCGUAGCUCAAAUCUCUCUCCAGGUUGCAGGAAGAGAAAAUUGGGAUCGCAAUGUGGCAGAAGUGAUGAAAUGAACAUCCAUGAAACCGAUCUUGAUGAAAAUAUGCAUGAGAAUGACCUGGACUCGUACCACUAUGAACCUUCAAGAAGCAGAAGGCACAGAGAGAAACAGUGUCGUGGUGUUGGUUCUAAGGGGGAUGAGCGGAUUGAGGACAAUCGUGGACCUCUGAACCAAAGUGGCACAGCUAAGUGUAAGGAUCCAGAGCAGCCGAAGAAAAUGCCUGCAUCUCCAGCUGAACAAGGGAAUAUCAGAGGCACCAGUACCUACAACAGCGACUUAGCUGGUGACUGUUCUGAUGGGGAAAGACAGAGUCGACAUAUAUGUGGAGAGGAAUCUCCAAUAUCUCAUGGUUCCGAGGAAUUUGAAGAAAGAAAGAAAAGACCAUGCACUAAUAAACUAAAGAUUUCCAGCAAUUGGGAUAAUUCGGAUAGAGGGAAUGGAGAAGAUGCGCAUGAUAGUGAAAUCCUCAGAGGUUCUUGUCAGAGUUACAGAACUUCUGACUAUAGCUCAAAAUACCACUGCAGAAAAGAGAGACAGAGAGUAGAAAGGGGUAAAUCUGAGAGACAGAUUCCUGUUCAUCGAGAGAAAUCAGAAAGAAAAAGAGAAGUUGAGUACCGCGAGGUGAUAAGAUCUCAUGCUACUGAUGAUGAAAGAGGCCGCUGGGAGCCUGAAAAAGGAGAUUCUGUGUAGCACAAAGAAUUUAAUAACCAAUUCUGAGAAGCUAAUAACCAAUUCUGAGAAGCUACCAAUGCAAGGAGAUGUGGAUUCUUGAUCUCUGAGUUGAACUGAAAAUAACGGCAUCAUAGAUCACGAAAUAAGAGAUGAUGAAUGAUUGUGAUCUCAGUGAUCGUGAUUAUACUUAUGAUCAAGGAUGAGAGCUGGAGUUAAAGCAAGAGUAGAAAAAGUGGCAGGUAUUUGUUACAAGAAAAAUACUAUAUCUGUUUUUGUAAAAUGUUGAAAUGAUAUGAACAAUAAGUCCUCCGCAUCUCUUAUGCUGGUUAACUAAAAAUUUGUAUGACGCCUUUUAUGGCAACUCAGUUUUGGAUACGAGGAUGUGUAUAUCUAGAUGAAAGGACACAGGUAGCCUAUGAA